AUGGAGCUGACCGACAGCUCUGCCCCAGAGUGCACCGACCCCAAUGGGUUUGUCAACAAGGUCUUUACUGUGUCGUUGGACGUAGCUAAUGAGAGCAGCUCCGUGUGUGUUCAAGAGCCUGCUUCCACAGAGGCUCUGGGGGACUGUCCUAUCCGAGACAGACAAGAGGUGAAUCGCAGGUCCCGCACCACAGGGGGCAUCUGGAGGAUUCUGAACAGAAAGAGAACCAUCCCGGAACUGGAUAGACGACCUCACUCCAUGAUCCUGCCUGGAGAAGCUGCCACCCCUAAACUCUCCUUUGCUGACAAAGUACGCUCCUUCAAGAAACUCAAAUCCCCCUCUGUGUUCCGGAGUAAGGGUAAAUUAUCCACAAAAUUCAGCAGCUCUUUGGUGGAUGAGGAAUCUUUUUGUCAUAACAUUGGCACGCCGCAGCAGCUCAGCAAGGGUACACUGCGACAACGGAGUAAGAGGCACUCAUACGCUGGAUACACAGUGGACUUUGACUGUUCAUUUGAAGAUCUGGACCUCACUGCUCCUACAGAGACGCCCCAGCCCAUUGUUUCAGACUCUGCUGCUCAGAAUGGAGUUAAACCUUCAGAGAGGGUCUGUUACACUAAGAGAAACCAUAACAAUUCCUCCAACUGUAACAAGGUGCCCGGAUGUGAGGAGGGGGUCAUCAGAGACUGUCCCAGCACCCACCGAGGUGCAGCAAGGAAACACAAAGAUGUGUGGAGUUACCUGCGGAGGAUUUCCCUUUUGGGGAAGGCUGGUGCGGCAUACUCAGAGAAGAGCUUUGAGUCAGAGCUUCCUUCUUUAGACAAAACGCUAGACUCUGACUUUGGCUCUGUGGACUUUGAGAGUGUAAAGGACUUCCAACAGCCUCUGCCUAAACACCCAGACACAAAGGGCCACUUUGGGGGAUUAUUCAAGUUUUUCAACAGUGUAGCAGAAACUGCUCGAAAGUGGCGAACCACCACACGCUCUUUCUCUCCUCCAGAGGGAGAAAUGAGCCCAGUGAGCUCCCCACGAGCCCCACGCACAGCUAACAACAUCCACAGUGUGUCCCUGUCCAUCCACGCAGACACGCCCGCCUCUCCACGCACCACCAAAUCCUCAGGCAGCUUCACCAGUGACACCAUGGGACGUCCCAGAAAAGGAUCUCACAAACGAGAAUGUCAGACUCAUAACGGCCUUCAAAACCAGCACAUAGAGGGCAAUAAUAUAGUGGAAAAUGGUGUAAGUGCAGACAAUAAAACAGAAGCAGAGGUCAUUGUGGAUCCAUUAAAGACACAGGAGGAAAGGGCCGAGGGACAAGCAGGAAAUGAGCAGGAUUCCAGGGAUGCUCCACCUGACACCACAAAGAUACAGGAAGUAAAUGCCCAAUCACAACACUGUGACAAAAACAGUACAACCAAUAGUGUCCCAGCCUCCAACUCUACUGAAGAAAUAUUUAAGCUGUGUGAGCAGAUUGCCCUGCAGACAGGCAUCUCUGUCAGACAGCCUGGUCCCAGCGUGCACCACUCCAGCCUGGACCGCUCUUCUCGACUGAGCCGCCUCCGGCCCCGUCCCGCCUCGGCCAUCCUAGACCAGAGACCCGAGGAAGCACGCGACUACUACAGCCACUACGCCGAGGUGGGCUCUCUGUGCCGAAGGAAGGGCAGACGGGUUCCCAGCAUGCACCUCUCCCCAGGUCAAAGAGGGACAGCUCGGACCAGGCCCUGUUCUGUCAUAGAGACCAGUGUUACUAGGGAGACGCAGUUCUUCGAGCUACACCACAGAGCCUUGUCCCGACCCCCAGGGGUUUCCCCUUUGGAGCCCCCCCUCAAACCCUCCCUUCAGCGGUGUCGCUCCCUGACUCUGCCCAGCAGCACUUUAACAGCCCUGGCAACUCUGAGACUCCCACAGUCAGACAUCGGGCAGUCCUCAUCUGUGCGGCUCCGGACCGGCAGCUACAGAAGAAGACGUCUGUUGAGACCGGGGUCUGAACCCCUGCAGGUCAACAUCUUGAUAAGUGGCGGGUCGAUCGUGAACGCGGAGGCAGUAUGGGACCACGUGACCAUGGCCGACCGCGAGUUGGCUUUUAAAGCGGGCGACGUCAUCAAGGUGCUGGACGCCUCCAACAAGGACUGGUGGUGGGGGCAGAUCGACGAGGAGGAGGGCUGGUUCCCCGCGAGCUUCGUACGGGUGGACCCCCACCCUCAACAGUCCCACACAAAACAGGUUUUCUAUAUCAACCCUAUAGCAACUCCAAGGUUCCAAAACACUACGACAAAGCUGUGGGUGAACCAGGAGGACGGGGGAGGGGACCCAUCCGAGGGCACGAGCGAGGUUCAAAAUGGCCACCUGGACCCGACCAACGACUGCCUGUGUCUGGGCUCUCCGCUGCAGAACCGCGACCAAAUGAGAGCCAACGUCAUCAACGAGAUCAUGAGCACAGAGAGACACUACAUCAAACACCUCAAGGACAUCUGCGAGGGCUAUUUGCGGCAGUGCAGGAAGCGCGUGGACAUGUUCAACGAUGACCAGUUGAAAGUCAUCUUUGGAAACAUCGAGGACAUCUACCGCUUUCAGAUGGGCUUUGUGCGUGACCUAGAGAAGCAGUACAACACAGAGGAACCACACCUCUCUGAAAUAGGACCCUGCUUUUUAGAACACCAAGACGGCUUCUGGAUAUACUCGGAGUACUGUAACAACCACCUGGACGCGUGCAUGGAGCUGAGCAAGCUGAUGCGUGACGGUCGCUACCAGCACUUCUUCGAGGCCUGUCGUCUCCUGCAACAGAUGAUCGACAUCGCCAUAGACGGCUUCCUGCUCACUCCGGUGCAAAAGAUCUGCAAAUACCCCCUGCAGUUAGCCGAGCUGCUCAAGUACACGGCGCAGGAGCACAGUGAUUAUCGAUACGUGGCGGCGGCUCUGGCUGUAAUGCGCAACGUCACUCAGCAAAUCAACGAGAGGAAGAGGAGGCUGGAAAAUAUCGACAAGAUCGCUCAGUGGCAAGCCUCCGUCCUGGACUGGGAGGGGGAUGAUAUUCUGGACCGGAGCUCAGAGCUGAUCUACACCGGGGAGCUGUCGUGGAUAUAUCAACCGUACGGUCGCAGUCAGCAGAGAGUCUUCUUCCUCUUUGACCACCAGCUCGUCCUCUGCAAAAAGGAUCUGAUUCGUCGGGACAUCCUGUACUAUAAGGGCCGCAUCGACAUGGACCGCUAUGAUGUGCGGGACGCGACAGACGGGCGGGAUGACGACUUCAACGUGAGUGUGAAGAACGCCUUUAAACUGUGCAACAAGGACAGCGAGGAGCUCCACAUCUUCCUGGCCAAGAAACCGGAGGAGAAGAUCCGCUGGCUCAGGGCCUUCCACGAGGAGAGGAAGAUGGUGCUGGAGGACGAGAAAAUCGGUUUUGAGAUCUCCGAGUACCAGAAGCGGCAGGCGGCCAUGACCGUGCGUAAGGUGACCAAACAGAAAGGUGUAAACCGGUGCACGCCCCCCUCGUACCCGCCCCCACAGGACCCCCUCAGCGCGGGGCAGUACGACGUUUUACCAGAGGACAUGGCACAAGGAGAGAGGCCACCCCUGUAG